AUGGGAGCGCUCGUAGCAGUCGUUUAUUGCACCGAACUUGUUCUUUUCUUUUUCUUUUUCUUUUUAAUUCUUCCUUUUAUUCCUUUUUACUCUUCUUUCUAUCUAUCCUUCAUUUUUAUUUUUUUUUUACUUUCACCGUUUCUUUUUCGCAGUGUUUAUUUUCACACCUUCUUGCUCCGGAUUUCUUUUAUCUAUUCUUCUCUCCCUUCUUUUUCUAAGUUACCUUUCUUUCAAUUUUUCUUUUUCCUUCUUUCUUUCUUUCUUUCUUUCUUUCUCUUUUCUUUUUUUCGGUUUUUCUUUCUUUUAUCUAUUCUUCUCUCCCUUCUUUUUCUAAGUUACCUUUCUUUCAAUUUUUCUUUUUCCUUCUUUCUUUCUUUCUUUCUUUCUCUUUUCUUUUCUUUUUUUCGGUUUUUCUUUUUUUUAUCUAUUCUUCUCUCCCUUCUUUUUCUAAGUUACCUUUCUUUCAAUUUUUCUUUUUCCUUCUUUCUUUCUUUCUUUCUUUCUUUCUUUCUUUCUCUUUUCUUUUCUUUUUUUCGGUUUUUCUUUUUUUUAUCUAUUCUUCUCUCCUUUCUUUUUCUAAGUUACCUUUCUUUCAAUUUUUCUUUUUCCUUCUUUCUUUCUUUCUUUCUUUCUUUCUCUUUUCUUUUCUUUUUUUCGGUUUUUCUUUUUUUUAUCUAUUCUUCUCUCCCUUCUUUUUCUAAGUUACCUUUCUUUCAAUUUUUCUUUUUCCUUCUUUCUUUCUUUCUUUCUUUCUUUCUUUCUUUCUCUUUUUCUUUCUUUUCUUUUUUCUGUUUUUCUUUCUUUUAUCUAUUCUUUUCCAAUUUAUUCCCUCUAUUUCAAAGUUAUAAUGUCAAUCCAUAUUAUUACUUAUUUUUCCUUUUAUUCCCUCCUUCGUCUUUCAUUCCUUUAUUAUUUUUCAUUCGCGCUACGCGGAAGGGGAUUUUAUCUUUGUUGUUUUCCUAUAUCUCCUUUUUCUUUUCCCUGAUUUUCACUCCAUUUUUUGUUAUCUCAUUUCUUUUCUUAACCUUGGCUUCAUCCCCGUCCGAUUUCUUUCUUUCUUUCUUUCUUUCUUUCUUUCUUUCUUUCUUUCUUUCUUUCUUUCAUUCAUUCAUUCAUUCAUUCAUUUUCUUUCUUUCUUUCUUUCUUUCUUUCUUUCUUUCUUUCUUUCAUUCAUUCUUUUUCUUUCUUUCUUUCUUUCUUUCAUUCAUUCAUUCAUUCAUUCUUUUUCUUUCUUUCUUUCUUUCUUUCUUUCAUUCAUUCAUUCAUUCAUUCUUUUUCUUUCUUUCUUUCUUUCUUUCAUUCAUUCAUUCAUUCAUUCUUUUUCUUUCUUUCUUUCUUUCUUUCUUUCAUUCAUUCAUUCAUUCUUUUUCUUUCUUUCUUUCUUUCUUUCUUUCUUACUUUCUUUCUUUCUUUCUUUCUUUCUUUCUUUACUACAAUACCGUUGUAUCUUUUGGUGUCGUUGUUUCUCUUUCUCUUUCUUUCUUAAUCACCUUUAUCCUUUCCUUUUCUUUUCUUUCUGUUAAGUUUCUUUUUUUAGCCCAAUUAUUCUUUGUUCUUUUCUUUCUUUCUUUCUUCUUUUCCUUCUUCCUUUCUUCAUUUCCUUCUUUCUUUCUUUUUCCUUGUUUCUUUCUUUUUUCGUUCUUUCCUCUUUCUUUCUUCCUUUCUUUUCAUUCUUACUUUCCUUUCCCUUCUUUUUUCCUUUCUUUUUUCUUUUCCUUCUUUCUUUCUUCUUUUCUUCUUUUUACGCUUUUAUUUCUUUCUUUCUUUCGUUUUUACUUUCUUCUUUCUCUGUUUUCUUUCUUCUUUUCUUUCUCUGUUUCUUUUCUUCUUCUUUCUUUAAUCGUUUCCUUCUUUCUUUCUUCUUUUGCUUCUUUUUUCCUCGUUCAUUAUUUUCUUUUCCUUCUUCCUUUCUUCUUUUGCUUCUUUCUUUCUUUUUCUUUUUCCUUUCUUCUUUUUCUUCUUUGUUUCUUUUUUCCUUCUUUCUCUCGUCUUUCCCUUCUUUCUUUCGUCUUUCCCUUUUUCUUUUUUUCUUUUCCUUCUUUUUUGCUGCCCUCUCAUGGAUCUAUUCAUUUUCUAUUUCAAUCUUUAUUCUCAUUUUCUUUGUAUGAUGUUUAUGUUUUUAAUCAUGUCCUCUUUCUUUUUUACUUUAUAUUUCUUUAUUCCUUUCUUUCUUUCUUUCUUUCUUUUAUUCUCACUGCUUUUUCUUCUUUUUUUCUUUCUUUUUUCUUUCUUUCUUCUUUACUUCUUUAUUUCGUUCCGUUUCAUUUUCUUUCUUUAUUCCUCCCCUAUUCUUUCUUUAUAUCUAUAUUUUUCUUUUGUUCUUUUUUCUUUCUUUCGUUUUUUUAUCCUUUUAUUCUUUCUUUUUCUUUCUUCCUUUUUUCUUUACUUCUUUUUUUCUUUCAUUUUCUUUCUUUAUUCCUCUCAUAUUCUUUCUUUAUAUCUAUCUUUUCCCCCCUUUCUGCCUUUCUUUUUCUUUCUUUCUUUCUUUCUUUCUUUCUUUCUUUCUUUAUUUAUUUAUUUAUUUAUUUUAUUAUAAAAACACUACAGGAUUUUUUUCCUGUAUUUCUUUAUGAAAUUCUCCCAGAAAUUGUUACUUCUUUUAAUCAUAAGUUUUACAAGAACUUAUUUUCUUGCUUAAUUUUCGCAUUUAUUUAUCCAUACAUCUCUUUCUUUCUUUCUUUCUUUCUUUCUUUCUUUCUUUCUUUCUUUCUUUCUUAUUUUCUAUUCUUCCUUCGAUAUAAAAUUCUACAAGAAUUUUCCAUUAUUUAUUGUUCCAUGAAAUGCUUUCUUUCUUUCUUCAUUUCUUCCGUUAUUUCUUUCUUUUUAUAUUGCUUUUCAUCAUACUUAUUUAAUGGUCACCACAAAAAAAAGUUGUUCAGUUUAGUCUUGUGGGCGACUGCUACUGACCCCAGGACUGACCUAUGA